ACAUUUCCAUGCCAGAUCCGGUGGUUGCAAUUAUAAUGAUUCCCUGACUCCGCGCCCGGCCCUCAUGGCAAUUAAAUCUUUAUAUUGCCCUGCUGUCACUGCCAACGCAUGCCAGCCUCCUCUUGACCUUAUCCCAGCGACAAAGCCGUCAACUCCCGCGCAUCGAUCAUGAUUGAGGAAACCCUAGCCCAGAUGACCGCAGGCAAGGCAGCACUAUGCCUCUUGGGGGUGCUUUUCAUUGCAGGCCUGCUUCGCAAAGUCCAGGUCUCCCUCGAGAUCUCGCGACUUGGUUGCAGGGCCCCUCGAGUGCCGCUCAGGUUGCCAUAUGCCAUUGAUCACAUAUAUAGAGCCUUGGCUGCCAGUACCAAGUUUAAAGACUUGGAGUUCUGGGGCAACACGGUCAGAAACGCCAAAGGCGCGUCAGGGGUGGCAUUCCCACAGACAGUGGAGAUUGACUCCGGAAUCUCCAACCGGGUGAUCUUCACACUAGACCCUGAGAACAUUAAAGCCCUACUCACCGGCCAGUUCGCCGACUAUGGCAAGGGGGAGCAGUUUCACCGUGAUUGGAAGGAGUUCCUAGGAGACAGUAUCUUCGCGACCGACGGCGAGCUGUGGUCUCGCUCCAGGCAUCUGAUCCGUCCCAUGUUCGUUCGCGAGCGCAUCGUCGACACCGAGCUCUUCGAGAAACAUGUCCAGAAGCUGAUUCCCCUUCUGGCGGGGGGCCCCUCCGCCCGGGAGAGCAAGGUUGUUGAUGUUACUCCUUUGUUCUUCAGGUACACUUUGGACGCUGCGACAGACUACCUUCUCGGUCAGGGAACCAACAGUCUUCACAACCCGACCGCCGUCUUUGCCGAGGCUUUCCGUUACGUGCAGCGUUGCCAGGCUGAUAUCUUUCGAACGGGUCCCUUCAACUUCCUCAUCCCGCGCAAGGAGUUCCGCAGGAACCUCCGCAUCAUGGAUGAAUUCAUGCGACCCUACAUCGAACGAGUCCUGGCUCUGACCCCGGAAGAACUCGACCAGAAGCUCUCGAGUAAGGACACCUUCCUCGACGCGCUCGCCCGCUUCACCCGCGAUCCGCAGGUCCUCCGCGAUCAGCUCGUGGCGAUCCUGCUAGCCGGCCGCGACACGACCGCCGCGACGCUGUCUUUCUGUCUCUUCGAGCUGGCGCGCCACCCGGCCGUCGUCGCCCGGCUGCGCGCCGAGAUCAAGACGCGCCUGGGUCUCGGCCCGGACGGCCGCAAACCCAGCUACCUGGACCUGAAGGAGAUGAAGUACCUGAAUGCGGUGCUCAACGAGACCAUGCGGCUGUACCCGGUGGUGCCGUUCAACGUGCGCUCGUCGCUGCAGAACACCUCGCUGCCGCGGGGCGGCGGGCCCGACGGCCUGUCCCCCGUCGGCAUCCGCGCCAACACCCGCGUCAUCUACUCCACCAUCCUCAUGCAGCGCGCCCCCGAGAACUAUCCGCCGCCCGGCAGCCCCGGGUACUGCGACCCGGCGCAGUGGACCCCCGAGCGCUGGCUGUCCGGCUGGCAGCCCAAGCCAUGGCACUUCAUCCCCUUCAACGGCGGGCCGCGCAUCUGCCUCGGCCAGCAGUUCGCCACCAUCGAGAUGGGCUACACCGUCGUCCGCAUCCUGCAGGCCUACCGCGCCAUCCGGGCGCUGCCCGCGCGCGGCAUGGACCAGGUCGUCGACCCGCCGUUGAAGUUCGAGGUCACGCUGACGCCCGCGGCGGAGUUGAAUUGUGUGUUUGAGCGUGAUGCCGAGGGCGAUCUUGUCGCUGAGAAGGCUUAGUCGGUAGGUAGGGCUGCCAGUCCCAGCGGUCUGACUCUGACCAGGAGGGACGGCUGGGCUGGAACAGUAAAGUGGGUAGGUAGUGAAGGAAAGGCUUUUCUCAUAUGGCGACAGACUCGCAGGAUCGAGGGGACCGGAUCUCUUGCUGUAUUACGGCCU